AUGUCAGAGGUCCACAACACUGCAACAGCCCCACACUGCACUGAGGCCCACAUCACUGAGGCGAAGGACAUUGCCACAUCAGUGCACAAGAAUGCAUUGUCUGUGUGGCAGGGGCACAAGGAGAAGAAAAGUGUCUCCUUUGCAGCAGCAGCACCAGCUGCCAGUUCACAAUCUGCACUUAGUUUUUCUUACAGCAGCGCUUCAAGCCUGCUCAGGACGGGAAGUGUCCCAGAUGUGGAGGCACUGGAGCUGUUCCGACCAGACUUCAUCAGCCGCUCUCAGAGCAGACUGCAGCAGCUGGAGCUGAGGACCAGGACCAGGACCAGGACUAGGACCAGGAACGGCCCAGGCUCGCUGCACGGCCUGGGGGAAGAUCCAGGCAAACACUGGAGGAACUGCACCACACCGGAUUCACUUAGCGAUAACCUUUUCAAGCCCAGAGAACGGACUAUAUCGGGCAGAGAGAUGCAGCUGCGGUCCAGGCGGUGA